ACAGCAGUGACACCAACUUGAUGAAUUAUAAACAAAACAGAAGGCAGGAUGGUGUCACGUGCGGACGGUGGUCAAAUUGUUCCUUGGUUUUCUUGUGAUGAGUGGCAGGAGACAGCAAAACUGAUUUUUAGCGAUGACGUCGCUGACCAGCUAAGGGGGCUUCAAAAUCUGCGGCUGUGGAAGGCCCGAUGUGAAACAUUGCCGACCGGAGCGGACGCGACGAUGGUCCUAAUUUGCGCGCUUGAGGGGCACAAACUGAACGCCAACCUGGAUGACCUCAGUCAGAGACUGGCUUUGAGUGCGGCCCUGACGCGUUUCCUCAACCAGGUGCUGACAACGGGUCCAACCAAGACACAGUUCAGCAAGACUAUGUUCGCCAAGGCCAAGAAUGUGGACAUCCCUGGUUGGAUCGUCAAACUGCGUCACGAGGCCGCGCACGGACAGUCGCUGCCAGCGCUGGAACUUUUGCUCCGAGCUGUCGAUUUCGGGCUUGACUGGCUCAGGUGGAACUACUGGGACGUCGAACCCGUUGACUGGGUCCAGCAGUCCGCGUCUCAAGCGCCUCUAGCUGAGUUGAUCGACAAAUGGGAGGCGCUGGGAGCUUGCCAGCAGGCUGGAUACAAAAGGAUCACAUCUCUACCUGCCGAAGACCUGCGGGCAAGCAACGCAGGAAUCCGCACCGUUCGAGAAGCGAUCAGCCUCCUUGAGCAGAAAAUCCUAUCUUCCUCCGUGGACAACCCUGAGCACCUGCUGAGCGCCGUGCUGACUAGCCAGACCCUGUUGACCCCUCCGCCCGGCCUUUACGGAAAGGAGGAGCUGCCGAGCACGCUGGUGGCCCAGUGGCGGCCGCUGCUGGGCGCCCUGCACGCCGCCCGCCUCCUGCCCCGCCUGCUUGUCAAACUGCACGAGCGAAACUCCAGACUGGCCGCCCUGUGGGUCCUCUACCUGCUCGACCUGAUCGAAAAGCUGCAAACGGCGCAGCAGGAGCUCAGGACUGCCGGACUGGUCAUCAGAGAGACGGCCAACCUGGCGGAUUAUGUGCAGAAGAGGGGUGAGCCCCUUGACGUAACGGUCAGCGACCUGGACCCUGAGUGGUGGCCCCUUGUGGCCGCCCCGACCCUGAAGGAAAUGAAGGCGACUUGUGUUGAGGUGGCGGGCAAUCCCAACAAGAAUGGCAGGAUUUAUUUGGACAAAUUAUUGUCGAUGGCGGGCUAUGAAAACGGCACCAAGGCCAAAAUCAAUCAGCUCUGGCGGAUAUAUUUCGGAGAAAUGCCCGGCGGCGAAGGCGAAGGAGACAUUAAGACUGUGGACGAUCUCGUCAAGAAGGCUCCCGUUUCUCGAGACGGCGACAAGUGGAUCAAAUUAGAGGAGUGGAACGCGAAGGCCGUGGGAGUUAUGGCGUGGCAAGACAGCGUUGAUUUAGAAUUAAAUUACGAAACUUGGGAGUAAAAAUAAAAAAAAUGUAAAUUUUGUGAUAACAAAUAA